AUGGUCAGCAAAAGGCGACGGAGGGAGGUCAGCGAGCUCUCGGUGCCCAAUAGACCGCCACAUGUGGCACAUGUUAGGCCCUCUGCCCUGCGGUGGUGGGCUCAUUACCACGACCCCGACGUCGACGUCGUCCCGAUCCGCCCUCAACCCCUACCAGAACCGCCCCCUCGCUGUCUUCAACCCCUCUCAGUGUCCCUGAUCGACGGCCUGGCCAAACAAAAGGUCGAACAGCCGGGCGGCCCUCCUCCCUUGUUCGAGGAACAACAGUGCCAUUGGGCCGUGGUUGAGAUACCGACAAUGCCGAUUUUAAGCUCGCACCUCGGCCAAGCUGAGCUCCUAAAGAGCUCUGAGCUGGACAUGUACUAG